AUGAUUGAUACCAAAUUUCGAGAUGAAUUAGCAUCUAAACGAGAACGUGUUGAAUUGCUAUAUUCAUUUCGAGGUUCUAAAAUUGGCCGUGGUACAUAUGGACAUGUUUAUAAAGCGACGCCAAGAUUUGAAACACCUGAAAAUAAAGGUAAAACAUAUGCAUUAAAACUUAUUGAAGGAAAUGGUAUUUCAAUGAGUUCCUGUAGAGAAAUUGCUUUACUAAGAGAAUUGAGCCAUCCAAAUCUUAUUAAACUUAAUCGUGUUUUUCUCAGUCCAGAAAGAAAAGUGUGGCUGUUAUUUGAUUAUGCAGAACAUGAUCUCUGGCAUAUUAUAAAAUUUCAUAGAAAUGCUAAACAAAAAAAACAAGCAGUUAUGGUUCCAAAAUCUAUGGUAAAAUCUCUUUUAUUUCAAAUUUUAGAUGGUAUUCAUUAUUUGCAUACAAAUUGGAUUUUACAUAGAGAUUUAAAACCAGCUAAUAUUCUUGUUAUGGGUGAUGAUCCGUAUGAAAGAGGUCGAGUUAAAGUAGCUGAUAUGGGUUUUGCACGUACAUUUCAUACUCCGGUGAGACCUCUAGCGGAUUUAGAUCCUGUAGUUGUUACUUUUUGGUAUAGAGCUCCUGAACUUCUUCUUGGAGCUAAACAUUAUACAAAAGCAAUAGAUAUAUGGGCAAUAGGUUGUAUUUUUGCAGAACUACUAACAUCUGAGCCCGUUUUUUUUUGUCGUGAAGAAGACAUUAAAGCAAGUAGUCCUUAUCAUAAAGAUCAAUUGAGUAGAAUAUUUCAAGUUAUGGGUUAUCCACAAGAUGCCGAUUGGCCAGAUCUCAAAAAAAUGCCUGAAUAUCAAAGGUUGUCAAAAGAUUUUAAAAGACAAACAUUUUCAGAGUGUGCAUUAUAUAAAUAUCUAGAAAAACAUAAAGUUAAAACAAAUGACAAAGGAUUUAGUUUGUUACAAAAACUUUUAACUUUUGAUCCGUUAAAAAGAAUCUCAGCAAUUGAUGCUAUAAAUGAUGCUUUUUUUAAAGAAUCACCUAAACCUACAUUAGAUGUCUUUCGUGGUGGUCCAAUUCCUUAUCCUCGUAGAGAAUUUAUGCAAGAUGAAAAUGAAGAAAAAAUAAUAGGAAAACAUAUACCUCAACAAAAUAUACAAAUUCAACAACAUUUAAUUAAUAAUAUAGGUACAAAUAAAUUAGUUCAACAAGGAAAUAAUCAGGUACGGCAAAUUUCUGAACCAGACAUUAAAUCUAAUCAAUUUUCAAAUAUAACAAUGGCAAAUCAAACAGAAUUUAGUCAUUUAAACAAUCAUUCUGGAAAUUUAAAUCAACCGCCUCCUCAACAGGUAAAUGUUUUUAAUGAUGGCAAUCAACAGAAUGUUGUACAAAUGCAACAGAAUCAAUAUAAUCAACAGCAAAUAUUCACAGGACAUGAUCAAAAUCGAAUGAUACUCCAGCAACAACAACAACAACCAGUUGUUCAAAAUACUAUUCGUGGUCCAAAUGGACAAUUCAUAAGUCAACAACAAUCUCGUAUAAUUUCACAAGAUCAAAAUAGAAUGAUGAUUCAACAGAAUCAACAUCAAUUUAACCAACAACAGCAACAACUCUUUGUUCCUCAUGACCAAAAUAGGAUGAUGAUACAACAACAAGGACGAAUGAUUCAAUCACAGGGACAAAAUAAUAUGAUUCCAAUACAACAACAAUACAUUCAACAACAGCAACAGCAUCAAAUCCCUCAACAACAGCAGCAACAGCAACAACAACAACAACAAAUGAUGCAACAACAAAACUUUAUGUGGAAUCAACAACAGCGGUAUCAAUAA